AUGCUAUUCCGUAUUUUCACCACUGUCCUUCUUGGCUCAAGUCUCGGAGUUGCGCAGACUAUUACCAGCACAUCAAGCGCACCGGGCGCCACCCAUACGGUCUCUGUCGGCGCAGAUGGCUUCAAUUUCUCUCCUAACGAACUCGUCGCUAAGAAGGGUGAUAUUAUCGAAUACCGCUUCUAUCCUCAAAACCAUUCUGUAGCCCGCGCAGCCUUUGGCAAUGAACCAUGUAUCCCAUACGAGCUCACUGGUCCUGGUCGCAUUGGAUUCUAUAGCGGUUUCCGACCUACGGUACUUGUCACAAAUAACCCACCCAUCUUCCGCCUGAAAAUAAACGACACUAAUCCACUCUUCUUUUACUGCUCCGCGCCAGGGGCCUGCCUCGAAGGUAUGAUUGGAGUCGUGAAUCCUAACGCCACGCACUCGUACGCAAACCAAUUUGCUUACAGUCAAAACGCCACCUUGGAAUUCAGCCCCGGCGAGUAUUUCCCAGUCGAGAGUAAGAUCAGCAGGACGACCACUGCGACGGGUGCUACGUCGACACCAACAGCCACCUCGACAUCGACAGCCGUCCCAGGAAAAUCCCCUUCAUCCCGCCUCAGCGGUGGGGCCAUCGCAGGCAUCGUCAUCGGUGCCGUCACAAUCGUGCUGUUCGCUUCCGCGCUGCUGUACAUGUGCGGCCGGCAGCGCGGUAUCGGCGACCUUCUACGCCAGCACAAACAGCCCAAGGAAGACGAGGGCCAAGGACGGGCUUCGUACCAGCCUAACAUGGGCGGCCUGUCGGAAGCACAGUACGCCAGCCUGAGGAAGAGUCCCGAGAGUGAUAGUUUCUGGGGGGCCGGUGCGGACGCGUACAAGAGUCUGAGUCCGGCUGUGCUUGGUGGAGGGGGCCGUAGCGGGGAGGUGAGGAUGGGGGGUUUCCCGCCGGGGUAUCAGGGGUAUCAAGGGAUGGAGAAGAACAGAGUGUACGAGAUGGGUGGUUCCGGGGCGAAGUACGUCUCCCUCUUCCUUGCUGGCCAAAUUGAGAUUUCUGGUGUUGUGUGGUGUGAUGAGGCUAAUGGUGAUGAAAGAUGGUAUAGCCCGGCGCCGCUGCGACCGAAACGGAGCGUGCGGCAUGAACUCCCAGGUGGGAAAGAUGGGAACGGGUUGGCGGCUACGGAUAGUGAUACCUGGGGGCGUGGCAAGGUUGAGACGGAGGACAGUGAGGUCAACGACGCGAACAACUUCUGA